CGUGGACACUGGGGACAUGGCGGAGCCUGUGCUCUGCCUCUUCGACGUGGAUGGGACCCUGACAUACCCGCGGCAGAGAAUUACUGGAGAAAUGGAUGACUUUCUACAGCAAUUAAGACAGAAGAUCAAAAUCGGAGUGGUAGGUGGGUCGGACUUUGAGAAAAUGCAGGAGCAGCUGGGACAUAAUGUGAUUGAAAAAUACGAUUACGUGUUUCCAGAAAAUGGCUUGGUAGCAUACAAAGAAGGGAGGCUCAUGUGUAAACAGAACAUUCAAGACCACUUGGGUGAGGCUCUGAUCCAAGAUUUAAUCAACUAUUGUCUGAGCUACAUUGCGAAAAUUAAACUGCCGAAGAAGAGGGGCACUUUCAUUGAAUUCCGAAAUGGGAUGUUAAACGUGUCCCCGAUUGGAAGAAGCUGCAGUCUAGCAGAACGCAUUGAGUUCUACGAGCUCGAUCAAAAAGAAAAUAUAAGACAAAAGUUUGUGGAGGAUCUACGGAAAGAGUUUGCAGGAAAAGGCCUCACGUUUUCCAUAGGAGGCCAGAUCAGCUUCGAUGUCUUUCCUGAUGGAUGGGACAAGAGGUAUUGCCUAGGACAUGUGGAAAAUGACGGUUAUAGGACCAUCUACUUCUUUGGAGACAAAACUAUGCCGGGCGGCAAUGACCACGAGAUCUUCACAGACCCCAGGACAGUGGGCUACACCGUGACGGCACCUGAGGACACACGCAGGCUCUGUGAAGUGAUCUUCUUAUAGAUGCAGGGUAGGGUGGGCAGGUCCUGGCUGGCCAGCCUACAGGAGCCCUUCGGUGGCCAAGGCCCACACGUGUACCCGCAGCCCAGCCAGGCUCCCACGUCGUGCCAGGCUCCAGAAGCCACCAGAAGGGAACAGAAAAGUCUUGCCAGG